AUGCCCGAUUCUACAGUCCUCUGCCUCCGUGAUCAAUUACGAAAUUCCACAGUCAAGGUCAUCGAGAUAUCCCCACCUCCUGUUCAAACGGAACUCCAUGACUACAUGGGCGCUGACAAAGGACGGGCGUUGGGAAUGCCAAUCGACAAGUUCACGCAGGCUGCCUAUGACGGGCUCGUUUCAGGAAGUGAUCAGAUUGUCAUAGGAGCGGUGGGAUCAGCAGAGACCUUUAACGAUGUUGUUGAGAAGCGGAGGACGCUUUUCCAGAAUCUGGCCAAGAUGAUGAGGGGAGAAAGGUAA